AUGGAGGAGAACUAUGAAAUCCUCUCUCGGUGCAUCAAAGAGGAUUUGGGGUUUAAAGAUGGUAAACCAGUCGGUGCAUGCAUCAUAUACAAGUGCCUUCUCCAUUGGCAUGCCUUUGAGUCUGAGAGAACUGCCAUUUUUGACUAUGUUAUUGAAGGCAUCAAUGAUGUCCUGAAGAUGGGGGAUGAGGAUGCUAUCUUGCCGUACUGGCUGUCUAAUGCCUCAGCACUUCUAUGCCUCAUGCAGAGGAAUUUUCGCUCCAAUGGCUUUUUGACAGCAGCUUCUCAGCGUCCUGUAGGGUCAUCUGGAUUAAAUGGGAGGGUCACACAGGUAAGUCAUGUAGUUAUUUGA